AUGCCUCCCAAGAAGGACGAUGUACAGAGUCAGAAGUCGGCGGCGGCUAGCAGCGAUGCUAUAUUAGCUGCUGUUAACAAGCUAGGGGCCAAGUUAGCUAAAGUCUCGCAGCAGGUGGAUGGCAUAAAAAAGUCCAUGGAGGAGCGCCUGGACACGAUUGAGGCACACCUUUCAACUCUGCAAAAUGACCACAGCCAAACACAGCAACGCUUGGAGGAGACGGACGAGACAUUUUCCCAGGUAGAUGUCCGCCUUUCAGAAUUGGAGACGACCUGCGCUGAGCUACAGGUUGCUAGCAAUGCACUCAAAGCUAAAAUUAAUGAUCUGGAGGGGCGCUCUCAGAGGCUUAACAUUCGUAUUGUGGGCAUUAAAGAGGACGAAGAAAAGCCAAAUCCUACAAGCUUUGUGACACGGCCGAAGCCACAGGAUCAUGAGCGUCCACGGGUCAUUAUCGACAAGAUCCAUAAUGACCGCGACAUUGCUGUUAUCUUUAAACUCAGCAGGCAGAAGGCUCCGCUCCAGUACAAAGGCAACAAAGUCUUCAUAUGUCUUGAUUACACUGCGGAGGUGUCGUCACAGCGUCAGGCGUUCAACACCGUGAAGAAGAAGCUGACGGACGCUGGGGCAACAUGUACGCUGCGUUUCCCAGCCAAACUCAACGUUGAUUACAACAACAAGGUCCAAGUAUUCAACACACCAAGUGAGGCCGAGAGGUUCGCCAGCUCCCUAUCUGCUAAUCCUUGA